AUGCCUCUCGACUUCCCGCCGAUAUUCCUCCUCCCCACUCACCUGCAGCCCGACGACCUCCACCGCCUAGAGGCCAGCAUACCCUCCCUGACGUACGACAUCCACGAGGCCCAGGUGGUCCUCGGCAACAUAUCGCGGACCCAGCGCGCCCGGUUUGAGCUGAGACGGCUCAAGGUUGACACGGAGACGGUCGAGGACGCAGGGGCUGGCGACGGCGACGGCGACGGCACAGGACGGGCCAUAGCUUCAGAGCCGUUUCCAGAGACGAGUGGCGCUGCUGGUGCUACGGCUCACGCCCAGCAUGGCGAGCCGAGUCCCAAGCGGCGCAAGCUGUCCGUGUCGCAUGGCCAACCGAGCCGCAGCCACGGCGGCAAAGCCCAGGGUGAAAUCAUUUACGUGCUGCGGCUCGCGUGGUUCGAAGACAGUGUGAAGCAGAAUCGUUUGCUACCAAAGGACAGUUACAUGGUCUACCGAGGGCGCAAGCUCGCGUCUGUCGGAGGACAACGCAAGACGGCGACGGCGACGACGACGGUAAAGUCCCCGAGGCCAUCGCCCGCAGCCGCGACCAAGGACAUCCUCAGACGCGCCGCCGGGGAUCAAAGAGCAGCAGGCGGAGGGCGACCUCCCAGCAGCCAUGGCCAUCCGCACAAUCCGCCGUCUCUCGUCCGUCAGACGACGUCCGAGCACGACGUCCCGCUACCGCCGAUACCUGACUACCUGCACUCGACAUACUCGUGUCAGCGCCCAACACCCUUCAACUCACUCAAUGGGCCCUUUAUAGAGGAGCUGAAAAACAUCCGGACCCUACGCCUGCUCCAGGGCGACCAGAUUGGCGUUCGCGCGUACUCGACAGCCGUUGCCACACUGGCCGCCUAUCCCUAUGAGCUCCAGGUCCCGCAAGAAAUUGAGAGGCUGCCCGGGUGCGGUGCUAAGUUCGCCGGACUGUACGGGGAGUGGCGGCAGACUGGGCAGACCAAGGAAACGGCCGACGCGGCCUUGGACCCCAGACUGACCGUUCUCAAACUCUUUUACGACAUCUGGGGCGUGGGUGAUACCACCGCCCGCGAAUUCUACCGCAAAGGGUGGAGAGACCUGGACGACAUCAUCACGUACGGCUGGGACUCACUGAGCAGGGUGCAGCAGAUAGGGGUCAAGUUUUACGACGAGCUGCUCCUCAAGAUCCCGCGGCAGGAAGUCGAGACUAUUGCAGGCGUGAUCCUGUCGCACGCGAGGCAGAUCGAUGCCGGGUUCGAACUGGCGAUUGUGGGCGGGUACAGGCGGGGCAAGAAACAGAGCGGCGACGUGGACGUGGUCAUCAGCCAUCGGGACGAGGAGAAGACGCUCAACGCGGUGGACAAGAUCGUCCGGAGCAUGGAGGACAAUUUCAUCACGCACACGCUCAGCCUGUGGACGAGAAACAGCGAGCGCGGCCAACUCCCGCUGCCGUGGCAAGGGCAGGCGGCAGGGCGCGGAGGAGGAUUCGACACGCUCGACAAGGCCAUGGUCGUGUGGCAGGACGUGGCGCGCCUGAAGGCCAACGGCGAGGGGGGCACGGAGCCGCCGCCGCCGCACCGGCGCGUGGACAUCAUCGUCAGCCCGUGGAAGACGGUGGGCUGCGCACUGCUGGGGUGGAGCGGGGGCACGACGUUCCAGCGCGACCUGCGGCGGUACUGCAAGCGGGAGAGGGGCCUCAAGUUUGACAGCAGCGGGAUCCGGAGGCGCGCCGACGGCGAGUGGAUGGACCUCGAGAGCCGCCGGCGCGGAGGCUCCGGCCCCGCGGAGCCGGCGCCGGACAUGGAGACGGCCGAGAAGCGGGUCUUUGAGGGCCUGGGGCUGGUGUGGCGGCCGCCCGAGGAGAGGUGCACGGGCUAA